CUGGACAUUUGAGUCAUGGGAUUUUUCACAACAAAGUGAGUGGGAUUGUUUGCUUAUGAACCCCUUAUCAAAGGCUGGACUGAGGACCUUGUUCAGAUAAAUAUCCAACAGAGUCGAGCUGCUCUUCACUCUCCAACACGACAAAACCACAACUGGUAACCAAAGCAACAUGGCUCCAUCGCUUCUUCCAGCAGUGGGAGGACUUUUGCUACUUUUCUCCUUCUCAUCAGCACAAAUCCGAGGAGACAACAUUGCGUCUUGCACCUUAAACGAUGGCUUUGGAAAAUACUGUCCUACCACGUGUGGAGUUGCUGAUUACAUGCAGACAUACACAGAACUGGUGGACAGGGAUUUGGACAAUUUGCUAAGGGAGCUGCAAACAAUCGCCAAUUUGACUAAAGGCACUGAAGAAAAAAUUGUCUACAUGAAAGAUACAACUGUGGCACAUCAAAAGAGCUCUGACCCAGACACACAUUUCAAAAAGUCAACAAGUAUCCUGGAUGACGUCCUUCGGUUUGAGAAGACCAUAAUUGCUCAGGAACAACAAAUUAAUGAACUUCAGAACGUAAUCUCCUCCAACGAGAGAAGAAUGGCAGACUUGAAACAGCUGUCGAUUUUGCUGCAGCAGAAGUGCAGUGAGCCCUGCAGAGAUACAGUUGAGAUCCAACCCACCACAGGAUUAGACUGCCAGGAUAUUGCAAACAAGGGAGCCACGACCAGCGGUCUUUACUAUGUGAAACCAACUAAAGCAACAGAGCAGUUCCUGGUCUAUUGUGAGAUUGACAACUUUGGACGUGGUUUCACAGUAAUACAAAGGAGACGUGAUGGCAGUGUGGACUUCCACAAAGACUGGGUCCAAUACAAGGAGGGCUUCGGUUAUCUCUCCCCAGACGACACCACAGAGUUCUGGCUGGGCAACGAGAAGAUUCACCUGCUCACUACCGGCUCCCCUCUCCCUACUGUGCUCAGGAUAGAGCUUGUUGACUGGGAGGGCAACAAAAGGUAUGCCGACUAUAACAUGUUCAGAGUGGGGCCAGAGAUCGACAUGUACCGUAUGACCUACGGUUACUACUUUGGUGGUGAUGCCGGAGAUGCUUUUGAUGGUUUUGACUUUGGAGAUGACCCCAGCGACAAGUUCUACACAGCACACAAUGGCAUGCAGUUCAGCACUUUUGACAAGGACAACGACAAGUAUGAUGGCAACUGUGCUCAGCAGGACGGCUCUGGCUGGUGGAUGAACAGAUGUCAUGCUGCACAUUUGAAUGGAAAAUACUACACAGGUGGCAGGUACACUGAAAAGGAUGCUGGUGAAUUUGGCUUCGACAAUGGCAUCAUUUGGGUCACAUGGCACAACCGCUGGUACUCCCUUAAAGAGACCACCAUGAAGCUCAUUCCCCUCAGCCGCAUCACAGCAGGCGGACAGCAGGCUGGAGUGAAACAGUUUGGUGGACUUGGAGAUGCUUAAAAAGGAGACAAGCUUUUGUUAUGCUCACUAACAGCCCUGAAAACUCCUUAGAUUAAAUAAAAUGUCUCCAUGGAA